GAUGAUUUUUUCGGUAUAUUUAAAGACUUUUUAGGUGAAGAGAAAUUCAACAUUUUUUACAGUGCUUUUCAAGAAGCUAGAGAAAGAGUUUCACUCAAAGCAGAAGAUGCUCUCACCAUGCCAUCUUCAAACAAGCUCUGCUUAGUUGAACCAUUCAUAGGGACUCUAUUUAACCUUGAGGAUUCCCAGGUUAUGUUGGAGGCUUCGGGUUGUACUGUAAGUGUAUUGGUCGAUACUGCAAACGCUGGAUACUGUCCAACUAUUGCACAUUGCGCUUGUCAGUGCGCUUUAGGUAUUGGUAUAAAGAAAUGUUUGGAAAGAUAUGCUGAUGUUGAAGAAUAUAGAUACCUUAUUGAGGAGUCAAAUGAAUUACUUACUAUGUCAUGUGAUAGUUCUGCUGCUAAUGGAGCUCCUGAACAGAUUGAUGCUGAUUCUAUAGUUGUGAAAGCUGAGGCUGAAAGACUUGAAAAACUACACAUGGAGGAGAAAUUAGACCAUCAGUUUAGUUUUUUAAAGAAUCUUAAAACCAUGGCUAAAUCAUUGGAUUUCGAAAAUGAAUUGGAGGAAUUUAGAACGGAGCUUAUUUUGAAGAGUUCCAUAGCUAGACCGGUAUCUGAAGAGGUGAACGCAUUGUCUGCACAGGUUGUUCUUGACAAAUGUGAGCUCAAAAAUUCUGAUUUGAAGGAUUAUAUGAAGUUCAAUCUUGAUAGUUGUGACAUUAGAGAUCUAUAUUAUUGCAAAAAUCACUAUAAGGGGAACAAGUGUCUACAGUUUGAAAAGGACAAAAAUGAAUGCAAUAGUGCUUGUUGUCUUGAAAUCAAGAUGGCUGAAUGUGCUAAGUCUCAUUGUCUGAGUAAGAAACCAGUGAAAGAAUUUGAAAAAAUUGCAAAUUUGAUUUGUACUGGAUAUGCUGAUCCUCAUGUUACCAAUGGUGCACCAUUUCCAGAUGCUGAUGAGGAUUCAACAUCUGACUCUACCGAUCAAGAGCAACCCGAAAAUGUUUCAGAAGAGGAAGAUGAUGAAAAUGAUUGUGACGAGUCUGAAAAUGAAGACAAUGGAACGCUUUUAGAAGAAAGGUCACUCAGCGAGGAUGAUGAGCUUGAUUAUGAUGAUGAUGUUCUCAAUAAUGUAGGUGAAUCUGUUUGUGAAUUAGAAGAAUUUGAGCCAGGUUAUGACACAACAAAAUGUGACAAGGAAGAAGUGAAGGGUUGCAUAAAAGAUGGUAUUCAGUUUUUGCUUGAUGACCCAGAACAUUUCUGCCCUUAUUGUGUUAAUGAUAAUGCUUAUGAUGAUUGUCGUUGUGCUUGUUGUUUUGGGAAAUAUUUUAGUAAAGUUUGUUAUGAUCCUCAUUGUGGAAUUUUAACGGAAAAACUUAGAUACAAGCGUUAUGUCAGAGAAGUCUGCAAGACUAAACCGGUGAAGUAUUUGUUUUCCAGAGACUUGAAAGAGCCAUUCAAAUUCAAAAAAUUAUCAAGCAGCGAGAAAAAGGUUGAAGAUAAAUCUGCUAUUGUUGAUGAAUACAAGGAUUUGGAGAAGAAAAAGAAGCUUUCCAAGAGCCACCCAAAAACUGACAAAGGUAAUCAGAAAAACACCAAUGAUGAAAGUGCCGAGUUUGAUUUGUUUUCUGGCUUCAACGAAGGGCCUAAUAGAACUGAACAAGGUGAAAGUGAUGUGUACUUUGAAUCCCGUCCUGUGAACAUCCAUAAGGAAAGCCUCGAAGAAAAAAAGAAAUCCAAGCUCAGGUAUAACUUUAAAUUACAAAACCAUAAAAAGAGGGAAACUGAAUAUACUUCUGAUGAAUAUGACGAUUUGGAUCAAGAUGACACACAUAUCCUUUAUGUUCAAGAUGAAGUUUCAGGCUCAAAGUUGGCUCGGAGAAGUGCAAAGUCUAAAAAUCCCACUGUUAAGAUCAAAUCCAUGACAAGAGCUCAAUCAUUUGCUAAAGGAGGAGGUAUGACAAGCAAGGGUAAGAAGAAAGAUGUAAAUAAAGGCCCUGCGCAUAUAAAAGCACAAACAAAACUCACAACAUCUGCUAAAGCUUUUGGUCUUGAUCCAGAAAAGCAAUUGAAGAAGAAGAAACCAAAUAAACCUAAAAAGACUAAAGGAGGUUCUGACAAGUAUCUUGUUGAUGGACCAAAAUUUAUUGGAAAGUUCCCUAAAGAUGAAGAUAAAGGAAUGCCAAGUCGCUCAAGAGUUGUUAAAACCCCUGUUAUUGAUGAUUCUCCCAAAGACUUCGAAAGAGAUCAAAGCAUUUAUGAUGAUGACCAUACUCUUCCUUUUGAUGCAAUCAAUGAAGGUGUUGAGGAAGAGGAAUUUCAAAAUCAAGAAGGUGAAGUGAAUGAUGAAUAUGAUGAAUUUGGCGACAGUGAUAGCUCAUACAAGAACAAAACCCCUUUCAAUUUGGGGAAACCAAACUCUCCAGGAAGAAGAAAACCUUCUUCAAAAGUGCCUAAGCUUAAUAGAAGAAUGGAUGUGUUUCAAAGAGAUGUUUUAUAG